AUGUCGACGUCCGUACCACCCAUAUUGCAGCUUGCCGCUACAUUGAACCUUUUGGCCAGUGGCAGCUUUCAGCAUAAUGCCGGGAAUGAUUUUUUGAUUGGAUUAGCACAAAGUACCAUGUGCAAAGUUGUAAAAAAAGUCACAAAAGAAAUAGAAAAGAAAUUGUGUGCCAAAAUGAUAAACUUUUUGCCAAAUCAAUCUGAGGAGUGUAUGGAGUAUUUCAUGGACAAGUUCAAAAUCCCUGGAGUGGUUGGAUGUGUAGACGGCACUCACUUUGGUUUUCAAGCACCCACAGAAAAUGAGUACAUGUUCUUCAACAGAAAAGGAUUUCACAGCUUAAAUUCAAUGAUAAUUUGUGACCAUGAAUACAAAAUAUUGGCUAUUAAUUCAAUGUACGGCGGUGUUGCGCACGACAGUUUUGUUUGGAAGCAUUGCGAAGAACGACGUUUACUCGAGCAAUUGUAUACAGAGAACGGCUUAAAUGUUUGGGUUCUUGGAGACUCUGGAUAUCCCACAGAGCCCUGGUGUAUAGUACCAUAUUCAAUAACCGCUGAAGGGUAUGCAGAAGCCUAUUUCAAUGAAAUUCACGCGAAGGCUAGGUGUAUCGUUGAACGCACAAUUGGAAUAUUAAAGGGACGCUGGAGAAUAUUAUGCAAUGAGAGAAGAAGCCGAUACUCUCCCGAAAAAAUGGCAAUAUUUGGAAACGUAUGCGGUGCUUUACACAAUGUAUGCAUAAAGUUUAAGGUGCCUAUGUACACGCAAGUAAAUUCUAGAGAGCCCUCGUCAAUUGAAGUAUUUACUGGCGGGGAAACACGAUUGCUAAAAAUUGGGCAGAAAAUUAGAGACCAAAUAAAAAUACCUUUAAAUGCAAAUAUUUAA